CUAGGAUGGGCUACAUUAGUCACAUGGACCUAUAGCUUGCUCCAACGUUUGCCUGUAAAAUUACAUCAGAGAAUUAUGUAUGUGAGUUGCACGUGUAGAUUUUGUUAAGUUGUCGACGGUGGAAAAUGACCGGUCUACAAGGAGACGGAACUGGGGUCGCUCUUGGCAGUCCAGUUAAGAAAGGCCGUCUAUCCCUAAGGAUUUUCCACAAAAAGGAGACUACCCGAGCCUUAGACUUCUCAGAGAAUCAUGAGGAAGAGUCCGUUUCGACAGUAACCGAAGAACCCGCAAGUUGUGAUCAGAUGGUACCCGGUGCCUGUCUCCCCACCCCCCUGGCCUGCCUGAGAAGAGAUAGUCUGGCUCCCUUUGUGGGAUUCAGUAAUUUGGGAAACACAUGCUACCUGAACAGCAUUCUUCAGGUUCUGUAUUACUGCCCUGGGUUUAAAGAUGCCAUCCAGACUCUAUACCAGUUAUCCAAAACAGCAGACGCACACAGAAACAGCGAGACGGAAAACGAAGAGUCUGAGCUGUCUGCAGAGGAAUCAGCAUCUGCACGUAUGGAGCUGCUGGGUAGUUUUCACAGUCUGUUCACCUCAGUGGAGCAUUCACAGGCCAGUUUCCUGCUUAAUCCAGAGAAAUACACCAAUAGAGAGCUGGCCACACCUCCGUGCAGACUACUGAACACUCUCAGGCAGCUGAACCCGAUGUAUGAGGGUCACCUGCAGCAUGACGCACAGGAGGUGCUACAGUGCAUCCUCACAUACAUCCAAGAGGUCUGCAACAUCAUUCAGAAAAAGCAGAGGGGUAACCAUGACGACACAGGUGAGAAGAGGAUGGAGUGUGGUUCCGGUGCUGCUCCCAAAAAUGGAUCCACGGGACAGACUGAGACCCAGAGGGAGGAAGAGGCAGAGGUGGAUGAACAGCUCAGUGGAAAGAGAAAGAGUGACACAGAAGCUGGGAACAUCCAAAAGAAGUCCAAAUCCCAAACUAAGUCCAACAAAUGUGACUCCAAGGAAGAAUCCCAGCAUUUCACACGCUCCAAGAGAAAGUCUUCCAGUGACCUCACUGUGGUCGGCACUGGCAGCAAAUGGACAGGGGAGGGGGGCGAGGAAAAGGCGGAGAAAGCGGAAAAUGAGAAUGUUGGGAGCUGUUUGGCAGUGGAGAAAAAUGAAUGUGCUCUGAAAGAGGGAGCACAGAGAAAGAAAACUGCAAAACUGAGCUGGUUAAACCCCUUGCGGAAGCAGCCUAGCAUCUUCUCAAAGUUUCGCAGCGUGGGGAGAAUCAGCACUCGCACUGGGGGGAGAGGAGAGGGCAGAGAGGCCUCUGGAAAAGAAAGCAGUGUGAAAGAAACACAGGAGCAGGAUAACACUGACUUUGACAGGAAUGUGACAACACUGGGAUCUCAUGAGCACCAAAAGACAGCAAAGCCAAAAGGGCAGCAGAGUUUGGAUGAGCUGAAGCAGCUGUUCCGGGGCCAGCUGGUCCUGCGGACACGAUGUCUGGAGUGUGAGUGUUAUACGGAGAGGAGGGAAGACUUUCAGGACAUCAGUGUACCUGUUCAGGAGGAUGAGAGGAGCAGCACUGACUUGGGCUCUGAGGUUUCUCCAGAGCCAAAGGCGGAGCUGAAGACCCUGAGGUGGGCUAUCUCCCAGUUUGCGUCAGUGGAGCGGAUAGUGGGCCAAGAGAAGUACUUCUGUGAGACAUGCUGCCACUACACAGAGGCCGAGAGGAGCCUGCAGUUUGACACUGUGCCUGAAGUCAUCACCAUCCAUCUCAAGUGCUUCUCUGCCAGCAACUCUGAGACUGAGCCAUAUGCAGGCCUGUCGAAGGUCAGCACCCCUCUGCAGACACCACUCAGACUGUCCCUGAAGGAGUGGUGUGCCCAACCGUGCCGCGCUGACGGAGGCGGUCUUCACUACAUGCUUUUUGCUGUGGUCAUGCACAGUGGAGUCAGCAUCAGCAGUGGACAUUACACCACCUACAUCCGCAUGACUGACCUCCAACGCCCCACAGUCUGGCCUUUGUCGCCUGAGGAGAACACAGAGGAGGGCGUGAAGAUGAAAGAGGAGGUAUUCCCAGACUAUGACGAUGGAGAGGUGUCCUUCAGUUUGAGGAGGAGGGUGAUGCAGAACGGGGGGGCGAAUGUGUCCAGUGCUGCCAGUAAAGCAGGUGCCAAAAGACCCUCAGAGGGAGUCGGGCUGUUAGGGGGUCAGAGAAACCUACCCAGUUACCAACUGGGAACAGAUCAGCAGAACAGCCUGGAGAAAAGUACUGCAAGCACCCCCUGGCUCAGCAGUGCCGCCCUGCAGGACGGAGGAGUGAUGGAGGGGACAGAGGCUGUGAGGGAGAGGAGCCAGGAGACCUUAGAUACGGCCUGGCAGAAGGUUCUAGACUAUGAGGGAAAGUGGCUGCUGUUUGAUGACUCAGAGGUGAAGCUUGUGCAGGAGGAAGAUUUCCUCAGGUCCUGUUCUCCUCAUACCUCUUCAACCUCUACACCUUACCUCCUGUUUUAUAAGAAACUCUCUCACUAA